AUCAACGAAGAGAGACCAUGGCCGAGCCAAAACCGAAGCUUCAUGUUGCAGUGUUCCCAUGGUUAGCUUUAGGUCACAUGAUUCCUUACUUGCAACUCUCAAAGCUCAUAGCAAGGAAAGGCCAUACUGUGUCCUUCAUCUCCACAGCUCGUAACAUUUCACGUCUUCCCAAUAUAUCCUCCGACCUUUCCGUGAAUUUCGUUUCUUUGCCGUUAAGUCAAACCGUCGACCAUCUCCCAGAGAACGCUGAGGCCACCACUGAUGUCCCGGAGACUCACAUAGCUUAUCUGAAGAAAGCAUUUGAUGGGCUUUCUGAAGCUUUCACAGAGUUUUUAGAAGCUUCCAAACCAAACUGGAUAGUGUAUGAUAUCUUGCACCAUUGGGUCCCGCCUAUCGCUGAGAAGCUCGGCGUGAGACGAGCCAUCUUCUGCACGUUCAACGCAGCUUCCAUCAUCAUCAUCGGUGGGCCAGCAUCAGUCAUGAUUCAAGGUCAUGACCCUCGAAAGACUGCUGAAGAUCUUAUCGUGCCUCCACCAUGGGUCCCGUUUGAGACCAACAUAGUUUACCGUCUCUUUGAAGCUAAGAGGAUCAUGGAGUAUCCCACGGCAGGUGUAACUGGAGUUGAAUUGAACGACAACUGUAGAUUGGGUUUGGCUUACGUUGGCUCUGAGGUUAUUGUGAUUAGAUCAUGUAUGGAACUCGAACCUGAGUGGAUUCAAUUGCUCAGUAAACUCCAAGGAAAGCCUGUGAUUCCAAUUGGUUUACUCCCGGCUACACCAAUGGAUGAUGCAGAUGACGAGGGAACAUGGUUAGACAUCAGAGAAUGGCUAGACAGACAUCAAGCAAAGUCUGUGGUUUAUGUAGCCUUAGGAACUGAAGUGACAAUUAGUAACGAAGAGAUUCAAGGUUUAGCUCAUGGGUUGGAGCUUUGCAGGUUACCUUUCUUUUGGACGCUAAGGAAGAGGACUAGAGCUUCUAUGCUACUACCUGAUGGGUUCAAAGAGAGAGUCAAAGAGCGUGGAGUCAUUUGGACCGAGUGGGUACCUCAGACCAAGAUACUGAGCCAUGGUUCAGUUGGUGGGUUUGUUACUCAUUGUGGUUGGGGAUCAGCUGUGGAAGGGCUUAGCUUUGGUGUCCCUUUGAUCAUGUUUCCAUGUAACCUAGACCAGCCGCUAGUGGCUAGGUUGCUCAGUGGGAUGAAUAUAGGCUUGGAGAUUCCAAGGAAUGAGCGAGACGGGCUGUUCACGAGUGCUUCUGUUGCAGAGACAAUCAGACAUGUUGUUGUGGAAGAAGAAGGAAAGAUCUACAGGAACAAUGCUGCAUCUCAGCAAAAGAAAAUAUUCGGGAACAAGAGAUUGCAAGAUCAGUAUGCGGAUGGUUUUAUCGAGUUUCUGGAGAAUCCUAUAGCAGGAGUGUAGAGCAAAAUAAUGAAGAAUUAUACUGUCUUCUCUGUCAACGUCAGCGAUGUGUGUAAUAAGAGUUGAGAAAUAAGGCACAAUCAAUGUGAUAACCAAUGUUAAUUUU